CAUUAUCAUUUAUCCCUCUCAUGAGAAUCAUGCCAUGUCUCGUGACUUCAAAUCCCCAAACAAAAAAGCUUUUCACACAUGAAAUCAAAUUUUCCAGAACAAUAAUAAAUUUUCCAAUUUCUCGCCGGAAAAUAGGAUGAGGUCGCCGCAGGAACCGAACCGGAACGGCGAUUUACCGACUCCAUCGGUCCGGCCGAGAAAUCAAUCUCAGUUUCACUCAACCGUUUCCCUGCAAAAAAACCGGCGGUUCAAUAUUUUGAUACUCAUUUCCCGGUUCGCUGCCUUUUGUUUCUCUCUCGCCUCUGCUAUUUUCAUGUUUCCUAACUCUCACGGCGGCUCCGAUUCGGAUUCCGAUUCUCUUCGAUGGUACCACUUCGAUGCGUUCAGAUUUGUGGCAAUUGCAGCUGCGAUUGUGGCAUUAUAUUCACUAUUCGAAAUUGGAGCUUCGGUUUGGGAAAUUUCAAGAGGCGCCACUGUUUUUCCUGAAGUUGUACAAGUUUGGUUCGAUUUCAGCCAUGAUCAGGUUUUUGCAUACAUGUUGUUGUCGGCAGAUUCAGCGGGAGCGGCGUUAGCUCGGACGUUAAGGGAUAGGGACACGUGUACGGCUAAUAAUGCAUUCUGCGUUCAAUCAGAUAUAUCCGUCGCCUUAGGAUUCGCCGGGUUUAUGUUCUUGGGUUUUUCUUCUUUGUUGUCGGGUUUUCGGGUCGUCUCUUUCAUACUUAACGGGUCACGUUUUCAUAUGUAAUAUUAAUCCAUCGACCAUCAUUAUAUUGUAAAAAUCUUAAUGAAGGUAAAAUUUGAUUUUUCGUUUCG